CAAAUACGACGUACGUCAAUAAAGGCAACUACACUACACGGGAAACUGUUGAUUGUUCAAGGCUCAAGUACUAGGCACAUGGAGAUGCGCACCACCAGAAAGUUGUAGGUAGUCGGGCCAUAGUAACGUGGUGAUCUUCGCUUCGAGUGGUCAGUGUGGUGACGUGAAAAAUUUUGGUACUUACCCAUUCAAAUUUGACAGGAAAAAAUGAUCCCCUUACUCUUCUCUUCCGCGAAUUGGGUCUCCACUUCUUUUAUGGUGACAGACAUGCCGGAAGCCGAAGCUGCAGCUGAACAACCACUUCCUGAUGCUGGAAUUGUUUUUUCUACUUUGGAUAUUGUGAUAUUAACGUUACUAGUUGGAAGUAUCGGCUAUUAUUUCUUAAACAAGAGGAGACGCGAAAAAGAUGAAUCUACCAAAAGGACGUAUUCGAUACAACCAUCCGUUAUGAACCUUCAGUCAACCACAGACGAUUCAUUCAUCAAGAAACUAAAUUCAUCAGGAAGAAGUUUAGUGGUAUUUUACGGAAGUCAGACAGGAACUGGAGAAGAAUUCGCUGGAAGAUUGGCAAAGGAAGGAGUUAGAUAUGGCAUGAAAGGAAUGGUAGCGGAUCCUGAAGAGUGCGACAUGGAGGAACUCGUCAAUUUGAAAUCAAUCCCCAAAUCUUUGGCAGUUUUCUGCUUGGCGACGUAUGGUGAAGGAGAUCCAACUGACAAUGCUACGACGUUCUUUGAGUGGUUGAAAAACGGUGAUGCUGAUCUAACUGGGCUCAACUAUGCGGUCUUCGGUCUGGGAAACAAAACCUACGAGCACUACAAUGAGGUAGCCAUCUACGUUGAUAAACGCAUGGAAGAACUUGGGGCCACCAGAGUGUCCGAGCUUGGCCUUGGAGACGACGACGCAAACAUCGAGGAAGAUUUCAUCACGUGGAAAGACAAGUUCUGGCCGGCAGUAUGCGAAUACUUUGGAAUAGAAUCUACCGGAGAAGAAGUGAACAUGAGACAGUACAGACUCAAAGAAUACAGUCCUGAUGAUCCUCCUAAGCGCCUCUUCGUUGGAGAGAUGUCAAGAUUGCUGUCUUUGAAGAACCAGAGGCCAGCCUACGACGCUAAGAACCCAUUCCUCUCAAGGGUUAUGGUCAAUAGAGAUCUCCACAAGACAGGCGAUCGUACCUGCAUGCAUAUCGAAUUCGACAUUGAAGGUUCCAAGAUGAGAUACGAUGCAGGCGAUCACUUGGCGGUAUAUCCAGAGAACAAAACCGAAUUGGUAGAAAAACUUGGUAGUUUACUCAGCAAGAAUCUGGAAACCGUUUUCGAACUGGAAAACAUGGAUAAAGAAUCUACCAAAAAACAUCCUUUCCCAUCACCAUGUACCUACAGGACUGCUCUGACCCAUUAUCUGGAUAUAACCAGUAACCCCAGAACUUACGUUCUGAAGGAGUUGGUAGAGUAUUGUACUGACCCGGCGGAGAAGGACAAAUUGAAACUUAUGUCAAGUAACACUGCCGAGGGUAAAGCCUUGUAUCACAAGUGGAUCAGCGAGGACAAUAGGAAUAUUAUUCAUGUACUGGAAGACUUACCGUCCUGCAAGCCCGAUCUUGACCACCUUUGCGAAUUGUUACCCAGACUGCAACCACGUUACUACUCUAUAUCAUCUUCGCCAAAACUCUACCCCAACUCCGUUCAUAUUACUGCAGUUGUGGUGCAGUAUAAAACACCAACAGGAAGGGUGAACAAAGGAGUUGCUACAACAUGGCUGAAAGAAAAGAUACCCCAAGAAGGAGCGGAGCCUUAUAAAGUACCAAUCUUCAUUAGGAAAUCCCAGUUUAGGCUACCGUCAAAAACCAAAACUCCAAUCAUCAUGAUCGGACCCGGUACUGGAUUUGCACCGUUCCGUGGGUUCAUCCAAGAAAGGAAUGAAGCUAGGGAGAGUGGAAAGCCGGUGGGAGAUACGAUCCUCUACUUUGGAUGUAGGAAGAAGAGUGAAGAUUACAUAUACCAAGAAGAACUGGAGGCAUAUGAGAAGAGCGGGUUACUCAAGUUGCAUCUGGCUUUCUCUAGGGAUCAACCGGAAAAGGUUUAUGUAUCGCAUCUGUUGGAGAAGAAUGCUGAUGAACUUUGGAACGUUAUCAAAGAGGAAAGUGGAGGAAAUCUAUACAUUUGUGGAGAUGCUAGAACCAUGGCCGCCGACGUUAGGAAUAUCAUCCUGAAAGUAAUUCAAGAAAAAGGUUCUAUGACGGAGCAACAGGCCUCAUCUUUCAUGAAGAAAAUGGAAACGCAAAAACGAUUAUCGACAGACGUCUGGAGUUAAUCAAAACGCAAAUUUAGAAAUGAUUUUCACUAAGGAUAAUAGAAAAUAAAUAUUUUUAUGAAAGCGCAAAUACCUUAUCAGAGGAAUUUGUUUAUCAAGGAGAAAGUUUGAUAUAACAAACUUGAGAUAACUAUGUGAUUCAUUGGAAAUUCUUCCAUCAAAUUUGUAUGGGCAUCGGUAUAAAUUGAAAUCAAACUCACAUUAACAAUUUACAAUGAAAAAUAUUAUUUCGAUAGAUUUUAUUAAAUUAUUUUUUCCAUAAGUUUUUGGAAAUAAUUGGGUAAAUUUGCCGAAAGUCUGCCAUUUAGCAUAUUUACCGAAUUAAAUUUUACACCAUUUUUUUUUCAGGUUCAUAUUUUGUCAUUGUAAAUUGGUUAUAUGCUCAUUGUAAACAAUGAGCCAAGGAAUUGUUAAUUGGUUCCUUGGAAUCAAUCUGUACAUAAAUACAUUUUAUUUAAAUCAA